AUGGGCGACGGGUCUGACUAUCCUAGCCCAAGAAGUGAAGGUCCCAACGGCGCUCUCGCUGCAUCCAUUUUAGCCUCUACCGCCGAGACAUCGCCUCCAAUUCCCAGAAUGAACGAGCCUCAACCCAUGGCCUACACUAUCGAGGGGGCGCGUCCGCGUCUGUCAGUCCGACGCGCCCGCGACCCUCCUAAGAACCCAGAGGGUCAGAUCUUCUGUGAUCACCCUGAGUGCCAAGCGAACCCGCCGACAUUCCGUCGUCCUUGCGAAUGGAACAAACAUAUGGAUAAACAUGAUCGCCCUUACAAGUGCUACGAGCCUAACUGCGACAAGAUUCAGGGAUUCACUUACUCUGGCGGUCUUCUCCGUCAUCAGCGCGAAGUCCACAAGAAGAAUACCGAUACCAAGAAACCACUCAUGUGCCCCUACACCGAUUGCAACCGCAGCACCGGCAAUGGAUUCACGCGCCAAGAGAACCUCCGUGAACAUCUUCGUCGCCGACACAUGCAUAAUGACGAAGCUUUGAUUAGUGACCUGCAAUCCUGGGAUCGCCCCGAUCUUGAAGCUGUUGAGGGCGCUCGCGCACCCUCACUUCCCGCAACUGGUAUGAAGCGCCGCCACUCUCAGAACGGAGAUCUCCCGGAGACCGACGAAAAUGGAACCGAUCUCCACCACGAGGUGAAACGAUUGCGCCGUGAGGUACAAGAGAAGGACCGUCGCCUCGAGGAAUUGGAGCGAAUCGUCGCAGGCCUUCAACAGGCUCUGCCACACCAGUCUCCGCCGGAGCCUGAUCUUCAGGAACUUUCUCAGCCCGCUCCCCAGCCUGCUGCUGCCACGCCCGUCUAA